AACGGACGCGUCGGAAACCUCCCCGGAGGGGCCCCAUGUAAUUCGAUGCACGCUGUUAAAGCUUAGAGUAUAUUGUCUUCCCUUUUGCUUAUGAAGCCUCCACCCACCGGCCCACCCUACAUUUAGCGGAUCAUGUGACUCGGGGCAGCCUAAGAAACAGGAUGUUAAUGCUUGACGGAAUGCCUGCAGUCCGAGUCAAAGCUGAGCCCCUGGAAUCGGAACAAGGGUCACCCAAAGUGCGCCCUUAUUCUGCGAUGGACGGCGUCCCUUUCUUCCUCAGCAGAGUUAAACCCGAACCCCCCGAAGACCUGCUCGCCCACGACCUGCACUUCCACACACAGACCGAGCCGGUCGACCUGUCAAUCAACAAACCCCGCCCCUCCUCCUCAUCCACCGCCACUACCACAACCUCAUCAUCAUCCCCCCUCAGAUCCGCCUUCUCCCCGUCUUCGUUAUCGUCGUCAUCCUCCUCCUCCUCCUCUCCGUCAGUUAUCACCUCAGCCUCAUCGGUGCUCACGCCAGGCCCUCUGGUCGCCCCUGGAACCGGGGUGAGAGGUCAGCCGUAUUUGCACAUUCUGCACUCUGUGCCGCCGCCUCCAUCCAGCCCUCUGAGCCUGCAGGGAGCAGGGAAGCUGGCCAGCCAUGUUCACCGAAUCCCAGUUGUGGUACAGUCACUGCCCCUCAUGUACACCACUGCCGUUCGAUCACCCUCCAGCCUCAACAACGCCAUCAUGCUACCUCUGCUGGACGAGGCCAAAAGUCAGGGCAAAGCACACACAGACCCCAACGGCCUGUCGCCAAGGCAGAUCAAGAGUGACAGCGAUGACGACGACCUGCCAAACGUGACCUUGGAUAGUGUUAAUGAGACCGGCUCCACUGCGCUGUCUAUAGCCCGCGCCGUACAAGAUUCCAUGUCCCCGUUCAGUAUUGACAGCAUACGGCGCCCCCGGAGGUCAGAGUCGCCAGAUUCCAAAAAGAGAAGAAUCCACAGAUGUGACUUUGAGGGCUGCAAUAAGGUGUACACCAAAAGCUCGCAUUUAAAAGCACACAGGAGGACGCAUACAGGGGAAAAGCCAUACAAAUGCACCUGGGACGGCUGCACCUGGAAGUUCGCCCGCUCCGACGAGCUGACGAGGCAUUACAGAAAACACACGGGGGUGAAGCCCUUCAAGUGUGCAGACUGUGACCGCAGCUUCUCCAGAUCCGACCACUUGGCCCUGCACCGACGGAGACACAUGCUGGUGUGAAUCAGACGCCGAGCUGCAAAGAGAGGAGAGGUCAAUGGAACAGAAGCACACAUGCACACACGCUUAAACACACACACAGUCACACAUUUCUACAGGCAGCCGGGGGAGCGGGAUCUCCCUGUGAAUGUUUUUCAGCUGGCCUGGACGCACACAUACAUGCACACACACACGUAGACGCACAUACAUAGACGCACACACACCCUCAUCCUUCACAAGGAGAGAAGAUGGAGAGGACGGAAGGACGGACGGACGAAGGUGCACAGAGCUUGCGGAGCACAAAACAGGGUCACUUCUGGAUCCUCUUUGGGUUGGAAGGAACGGACGGCAGGAUCUUUUAUUGUCAUUGUUUGGAGUAUAAUAGGGAACUGUCUUUUACAGCACUGUUGGUAAAUGUUUCACUUUGGUUUUUAAGAUGAACUCGCACUCUUUAUUUGGACAAAAAAAAAAUCUAUAUAUAAUGCAAUUGCAACGUUCUCUCUCUCUCUUUUUUUUUUUUUUGGUAUCUUUCUUUUCAUUAUUGUUCAAAUGGCUGCUUUUUUUCAGCAUUCAUAAUGUGAAAGACCCCAUUGUAAAGGAAUGGAUAUCCCCAGGAAAGAGGCCCGGACUGGAUCACAGGAAAGGACUUGGGCGUAGUUGGAGUUAACAGGCAGUAUUGUUUUGCCUCCCUGUGAGUCUGAUUUGCGACCAGCAGAGGGCACCAUCAAUCCACAGAUGGUUUCUUUUUUUUUUUCCUCACCCCCCCCUUUGGAGUCUGCUGUUAGAUCUGAGGCGCCCCUGAUGGAAGCUAAGAGAGGGCUGGACUUUUCUCCUUUUUCAUAGCCAGCAAGCAACAUUAACUCAAAUCACCACAACCUGAAUGGAUCAACCUCAUCAGCACAUCUUUCAUUGCUUUAUUUCAAACAAUGGAAACUGCAUAUCAUCGCACCAGCAAAGACAAACCAUUUAGGAUUCACUCACAUGGCUGGACAAACUCCCCAAAUCUCAUCAGUGCUAUUCUUUAUGUUGAGCCUCUUGAAAGCAUUUUCUUAAAAUAAUAAUUAAAAAAAAGAAAAACCCUUUGGUGGAUUUUGAGCUGUGAUUAGCAAUCAGUAAAGUGCAAUCUUAAAGGAUAAAUAUACUUUCAGUAUGGAAAUGUUUUUUAUUGAAUCUUUUUUUUUGUUUUGUUCUUAAAUGCCUGCUUAUUGCUUCUGUUUGACUCAGAAAAAUACAAACCCCUCAUGUACAGUGAACUUUGAAACAAUCAGAGGAGAUUUCCAGUAUGUGAAGAAAAAAAAAAAACAUAAAACAUAGAGGCACCUUACAGACUCAUGCUUUCAUUCUGUCCCAGUUUAUUUUUUAUUAUUAUUAAUUUUUUUUUUAAAAAUCAUUCGACUCUGUUUUUCUCAGUUUAAAAGAAAAUAAUAAAAAAAAAGGAAUUCGUGUUGUGGUUUUGCACAGCGCAGCAGCACUUGACCAUAAGCUGACAUCGAUACCGACCGAAGUGUUACAGGGAUAAUAGUGUGGUACCCGGUGUACAAUACAGAAGAGCAAUACAUUCUGAACAAAUUGAUGGGGUGGGAACGUCACCCUCCUUGUUGUUCUGUUUGCUGAUGUCAAUAUCUCGAGGAGAAGUUUCUAGCUCAGCCGACUCCUCGCUCUGUACCACGACUCCCUCUGUUACCGACUGGGUUUGUAGCUCCAAUACAAAGCUCUAAUCUGAUGAGUCUCAGCUGGUGAUUUGCUCCGUGUGAUUUUAUUUUUUUUUAUAGUUGAUUUUGUUUCGUCUCAAACACAGAAAGUCACUUGAAAUGUUGUCACCUCGCACCAGAUGUAUGUUAAGAUUGUUCUCUGAUUUACCUGAGAUUUGGUUCAAUAAAAUGCUGAACAACAAAAACCAAUGCAGGAAUUGCACACAUGCAUACACACGUAAUAACUUACAGAAAUAGAUCAUGUAUUUACAACAAGAGCACAUUUUUAGAUGCAGUUACUGGCAGAAAUAUGUCUCGGAGAGCAUCACUUCACCUUAAUCAGGAAAUUCAAUUAGAAAUAUAUUUUUAUAGUCUUAAUAAGAGGCAUCUUUGCAAGUAUUUCCAGCGCUCUUUUAUGCUGUGUAAAAGCUUCAGACAUAAACCCAGAGUAUCAGGCCAACCCUGUGCUAUUUGAUAGUGCUGCCAAAUGCAUUUAUUGGACCGAAGCCAGUAAAAAGAAAUGGUAACCUUUUUGAUUAUCCUACCUUGAAAUCCAUACACUCCCACACUAAUGCACACACACGCCUGAAAAUUUGGAUUCUCACUUUCACUCAAAAUAGCCAAAAUCCAGGAAGUAAUUUUCCACACGCGCGUAUAUGAGACACCCCUCGGAUGUAAUUAAUGAAUGGUAAUGUAUGUUAUCAUUAUUUAUGUAUAAUUUUUUUUGUGCACAUGUCAUUAUGCCCAGUUGUAUUAUCAUUUUGGCAAAAAAAAGAAAAAAAAAAAAGCAUAUCAGCACCUUGUUUGUUUAUUAGUAUAAUUUUCAAAUAAUUUUAUUUCAGAUGUCAAUUUAUAAGCGAAUAAUCAUCAUCAUAUUUUAUCAUCCAUAUAAUGUAUUAGAACAUUUUAUGAUUGAGGGGGCACUUCGUCAUUGCAUAUAAACUCUUUCUCUUCUGUAAAAAGGAUCUUUUGAAAUGUUGUAAUAUAUGUGAUAGUGAAGAUAAAAACUUAUUACAAAGUUCUACAUCCUGUAUAUACAUUGGAAAAAUAGGGCUUUUGAUCAGUAGAUGCAGGAAAUACAUUUAUACAUGUAAAGUCUUUUUUCAGAGACUGUAAUUUAUCUAAUUUGAUAUACAGUGAAAUGGGGCUAAUGGUAUUCAUCAUGUAAAUUAUCAUAUGUGAUGUUAUAUAACGGUUUGCUUUUAUUUUUUGGGUUUGUGGUUAAACAAGUUCAUGAUCAAAUCAUUUUUAUUCCCAAGGCUGAACCAGUGUUUGCUAUAACCAACAAAUUAUUUAUAUACAUCGACCGUAUUAAGGUACUCGAUUCCCUGUGUUGCUAUUUUGCUAUAACCGGACAAGAAAUUAUACGGAUCAAGCACAUAUCAACAACACAUGUACUCCUGUAUUCAGUACAUGAUGUUGCAUGCCUUAAUACACCAGUUUUUUGGAAAUUUCAAUUAGACUUGAAGACGGUGUCUCCACAGGACAGGGUGUAUUGUAUUUCCCUUCAGCAUCUCUUUCCUCAUUUUAAAGCAUAAUUUUGUUACGGUAACCAGGGUCAAAGUUAUGCAAUAAUAAUGAAUAGUGCCUCAUAUCACAAACUUGUAAUAUCAACUGCUCUGUGCAGAGUUUCGAUUUCAACACGUGUGCUUCAAUUAAUAAAUUUCAAACCAUGAAUUUUGGAGAGGUGGAGAGAGAAGAAGAAGAAAAAAAUAAAUAAAAAAAGCACAGACAACAUUAUGCAAGUCGGACCUCUAAUGUUGAACUUUUGUUUUCGCACUGAGCCUUAUACCAUUGUGUCAAAUGCAGCAUCCUCCCAUAACACUCUGACAGGCUGUUUAUAGCACACAUUAUUACUUUGCUUGCAAUAAGUCACUUCCUCCAAGGGGAACAAAACUGAGUUACAAAGGCCUCUUGAUGUUUCAGCUUCAGCACAUCAAUUCAACAUAGUGAUUCCAUGGAAGAUAAUGAGGAAUCUUACUCACAGGGAAAAAAAUCCUGUGGCUGGGAUUCCAGUGGCGGCAGAGCGACGCCUUUGUUAAUGAAUACUGAUCUUACACUUUCUAUCAGUUCAAUAUAUAUUUUACUUUCUGUGUAACAUCUGCUUUUGAUUUCCUGGUUUUUUGAAAAUUUUUAAGUAGUGAAGCCAAUGCCUAUGUUUCAAGUUUUGCUGAUAUUACGUACAGUAAUCGUUGUUUCUGUAUUUAUGUAAAGUGAGUGUAGUGUAAAUAUAUUCAGAUCUUUUCAUUCUUACCGUAAAAGAGAAAAAAAAAUGUGAUAUUGCUCAGCAUUUGCUUCAAAAGGGAGAUUCUGCUCAUGGAAUUCCACAUCUGUAAAAGAAAUUUUUAAUCCUGAUAUUUUUCAAAACUUCAAGAAAACAGGUGUCCUUUUCUUUUCUUUCUUUUUUUUUGUUUUCUUUCUGUUACACUUUUUUUUUCUUUUCUUUCCAAGAGUUGUUUAAGUAUCCAGUCAGUGUUUUGCCUUUUUCUCUGUAUUUUUCAUAUGGAUGGAGCUGUGAAAUUAAAAUAAGUUCAAACAUAUACAUGUAUAUUAAUAUGAAUGGAGGCAUGAAGGUUAAUAAAGUUGCAUUUUGUAUGUAACAGA